CUCAGUUGACGACGCUGAUCAUCGGCAGAUUUCUAGACUUUCUAUUUAUUUCUGCAUCAGAAAAUCACGUUCAGAUCAUUAUAAUCUAAAUCUCUGAAGACGAACAUCUGAUAUUCUACCCGCAAAAUGGCGUCUUUAGCGGAAGAUGAUUUGAUUUGUCCAGUGUGCCGUGACAUUUUCAUAGAUCCCGUCAUUCUGUCCUGCAGUCACAGCGUCUGUAAAUAUUGCCUUCAGAGGUUUUGGGAAAAACAUGGAUCGAAGGUAUGUCCGGUUUGCAGAAGGAGAGCUUCAAAGGAUGCUCCCUUAAAUUUGGCGUUGAGAAACCUGUGCGAGGCCUACCAAGCGGAGAGAAGACAGAAAAGAGAAGACGGAAUGGCAAUGCUGUGCAGCGUCCACCAUGAGAAACUCAAGCUCUUCUGUCUGGAUGAUCAACAGCCUAUUUGUUUGGUCUGUCGAGAUUCCAGAAAACACACCAACCACAGAUUCUGCCCCAUAGAGGAGGCUCUAAGCGACAACAGGGAGAAGCUCAAGGUUUUCCUGAUACACUUACACGAGAAGCUGGUGCGAUUUGAGGAUUUGAAAAAGAAUUUGGAGCAAUCAGCUGGACAUGUUAAGACUCAGGUGCAGCAGACAAUGAGCCAGAUUACACUGGAGUUUAAGAAACUUCACAAGAUUCUACGUGAUGAAGAAGAGGCCUGUUUAACAGCGCUGAGAGAGGAGGAGGAGCAGAAGAGUCUGAAGAUAAAGCAGAAGAUGGAGGAGACCAGCAAAGAGAUGUUAUCUCUCACACAGACCCUCAGCAACAUAGAGGAGCAGAUGAAAGCUGACGAUGAGCCUUUCCUGCAGAACAUAAAGACCACACUGCUAAGUGCUCAGGGUCUCCUGUCAGAUUCGGAGAAGAAUUCAGAUACGCUGAUUAAUGUUCCUAAACACCUGAGCAACCUGAAGUUCACAGUGCUGCAGAGGAUGCAGGAGUGUGUUGAAUACGCUCCAGUGACCCUGGACCCCAACACCGCUCACUGUAAACUCCUGGUGUCUGAUAAUCUGACCAGUGUGCAGUUUAGCGACGAGAGACAUCUGCUUCCCGAUAAUCUGGAGAGGUUUGAUUGUCGGGAGUGUGUUCUGGGCUCGGAGGGCUUUGAAUCGGGAACUCACCGCUGGGAUGUUGAGGUUGGAGACAACACAAACUGGUCUUUUGGGGUGAUGACAGAAUCUGCUGAAAGGAAGGAUGACAUUUUGACUAGGAAAGGCCUCUGGGUUCUUGGCUAUACCUCUGGUGAAUAUUACGCGUUCACCACACCUAAACAAUCACCUCCUCUCUCAAUGAAGAAGAAACUGCAGAGAGUCAGAGUUCAGAUCAACUGUGAAGAAGGGAAACUGUCGUUCUCUGAUCCUCUCACUGACACACAUAUAUACACUUUUACACAGAAGUUUAGGGAGAAAGUUUACCCAUGGUUUGGUGUUUGCUGUAGCGUUUGUCCUGUGUCAAUCUUACCAGUAACAUGAAAAGUUAUGUAAGAGAAUUAAUAUUGCCAGUGGUGAACGGUUGUGUGUAACAACCAGGGGCGUCGCUAGAUCCAAUUUACUGGGGCACGUGCCCUAGUAAAAACACCCCAGUGCCCCAGUAAAUGCUUUGAGAUAUGAUUUACUUCAAAUGAAUAGUGUAUUUAUUAGGAGUGGUUAUCCCAGAAUAAAGACGUUAUUCUUUAUGUGCAACUGAACCAACGCUGGUUAAAGCAAUGUAGUGUAAUCAAAAAGCAAACUGACGCAUCUCUGCAUGUGUGCAGAAAACCAUCUGCGUGCCUCACACACUGUUCCUGCUAGAC